CAUUCCGAACAGUGAAUCUUGGCGGUGAGUGCGCGCGUAUCCUGACAGUUGCUUUGUUAUGUAGUUGUGUACGCUUUUAUUUGCAUAGCUUUUUCUUACUCCGUACCGUGGUCUCUUCGCGCCUAUCAAUGGAGCCUCCCGCUCGGAAGAGGAAAAUGUACCUGCACGAUGGCCAACGUUUUCACGUUCCCUCAUCGACACGCCGCUAUAGGUUGCGUCACAUGUCACAGCCGGUUGCGCAAGGGCAUGCUUCGAACAUUGCCGAGCCUGAUCUGUCCUGCUCGUUUGACGACUGUCCGCUACUUUCAGACGAUGAAAUCGGCGCAUCGUCAGCUGGCCGUCAGACUGACAAUGCAUGCCCGGCCCCAGACGAAGGCAACGAAAGCGGGCAAUCCGACCCAGUACCGCCGAUAGACGUUGCCCAAGCGCUCGCAACGGCUCUGCGCGCGUAUGGCACGGCCACCCUUCCUGGAUCCACAACAUCAAAAGCUGCUGCAGUCGUAAUGAUUCUAGCUUUUGUUGUUGCGCAUGGGCUGCCUUGGGACACCGUGGACGGGUUGUUGCGUCUCAUCGAAGCAUUGUUUGGAUUUCAAGGUGACAUGCUGCCUCGAAGCAAGUAUCUACUCAGGAAGUUGUGGAAUCCAACGAUGCAUACGGCCGUGAAUCGCCAUUACUACUGCAACAUUUGCGGAAGUCAACUAGAGCAGCUAAGUUCAGAGACAAUGCGCUGUCGAGAAUGCCAAGCAGAUAUGAAAGUCUCGCUAUUGAAUAACGCAGGUUGCUUUUUCAGCAUCUUGAACAUCAAGCAGCAAAUUGGUCAGUCAAUAGCAAAGUUUAAGGACCUUCUGUUCGCCCAAAUGGAAAAAAUAGAGCAAGGAUUGCAAUGCGAUUCAGUGAGUGACAUCACCAGUGGUGCCAUAUACAAGAGUCUUAGACAGAGUGGCAAGAUAUCCCACAAGGACUUGACGCUCACAUUCAACACUGACGGAAGCCCUGUUUAUAAAUCGUCGAAAGCGUCUGUGUGGCCCAUCCAGUUCACUAUAAAUGAACUACCGCCAGGUGUGCGCCGCCAAAGCCCUGUUCUGGCUGGAUUGUGGUUUGGCCACAAACAUCCAGACAUGAUGGUGUUUAUGGAAAAAUUUGUGGAAGCAUUGCAGGCUGUUGGAACUGUUGUGUGGCAGCAUGGAACAGAAACGGUUAGAUCAAAAGUUCAUUCCAUCUGCUGUUCAGUUGAUGCACCAGCCCGUGCAGCAGUGACAAACCAGACACAGUUCAAUGGAAGGUUCGGCUGCUGCUGGUGCCUGACCUGUGCAGAGCAAAUCGAAGGUACUCCUCGUUACAUCCAAACGGACUUUGCACUGAGAACAGAAGAAGGGGUCCUGAGAGACAUGAAGCUUGCCCUUGAGCUGAAUAUGCCAGUGAAUGGCAUCAAGGGUCCAUCGCCCCUGAUAAACCUUAAUUUGUUCAAUCCAGUGUUGAGCCAGGCAGUUGACUACAUGCACUGUGUGCUGCUUGGAGUGACAAGGCAGCUUACCGAGUUUUGGCUGGACAGUGCAAACUGCCAGGAGCCGUUCUACAUCGGUGCUCCUUCAACUAUAGCCAAGCUGGAUAAACGUCUCCUGAGUAUUUGCCCACCCCACUGCUUCACACGGCUGCCACGGUCCUUGGCAGACAGGUGCUUCUGGAAGGCGAGCGAGUGGAAGAACUGGCUGCUCUACUACUCUCUGCCAACAGUACUCGGAGUGCUGCCACCGCGGUUCUGGAGGCACAUGUCAAUGCUGGCCGAAGCCAUUUUCACUCUGCUCAAGAGUGAAAUUUCACCAACUGAUCUUCAAUGUGCAGGUCACCUGCUUGAAUCAUUUGUGUGCAGAGCUGCAAACCUCUAUGGGACUCGCUUCAUGACUUAUAACGUCCACCAGCUUCGCCAUCUGACGUCAAGCGUGGAGCAUCUGGGUCCUCUUUGGGCAAACUCAGCGUUUCCCUUCGAAACAGGGAAUGGGAAGCUCACAAAGAUGGUAAAGGCAGCAAAAGGAGCUCCGACACAAAUACUGGAGAGAGUCACUCUGGAAGGAGAGCUGGAGCUUGCGCUGCAUUUGCUUUCUCUUCCGCAUGAUGUGGUGAGGUUUUGCGAAAGACUGCUUGGCAAUGUUCCUAUUAAGAAAGUGACUCGAAUUGAUAAUGUAUGCUUAUUUGGAGCACCAGUUACAGCUAUGUUGUCCGAGCGGGAACUGCAAUCUGUGCAAAAUUUCUUGGACACAACAUGUGCUGUAAUUGAGGAAUAUUCAAGAAUGAGCUUUGAAGGCACAAUUAUACACAGCCAGCAGUAUAGAAAAGCAAAGAAAAGUGACUGUUCUGUCGUUGCAAGCCAUGAUGGGAAAUUUUUUAUAGUUUCCCAUAUAUUGCAUGUAAUUGCCGGCAUUUCUGGCUUGGUUCUCUUGCUUUGUCAGAAACUGGGAAUUGGUGAAAAUGCUGAUGGUUUUCCUCCUCACAUCAAAGAGUGUUUUUUUUCACCUGUUGACACUUGUGUUGUUUUAAAGCCUGCUUCUGUUGCAAUGCCGGCUUUGUUUAUAGACUUUGAGGCUGAAAGCAAGCAGUAUGUAUGUGCAUUGCCGAACAUUGUAGAACGGGAUUGAACUGAAGUACAAAAACAAAAGUCUCUGCGUCACUGUAUUUACGGAAAUCUAACUAGCACGUUUUUUCUGAGAAACUGCGUUAAAAAAUAACCUGAACUUAUAUAAAACAAAAGCUGCAUAUAUGGCCACCAGUGUUUGUGGCAUUGUGGAAAGCUCGGUAUCUGCAAGAACGCUCGCUGCCGCCUACUUUGACAAGUCAGAUGCAGAGUUGCAUAUAAUCCGAAUUAACUUCUGGGGUGUUACAUGCCAAAACUAUGAUCUCAUUAUGAGGUGCGCUGUAGUGAGGGACUCUGGAUUAAUUUUUACCACUCGGGUAUAUUCAACGUGCCCCGAAUAUGCACUGGUUCCUUCAUUGCUGUGUUCUACUGUGGCUGUAUACUGCUCUUUGAGCUGUUUGGUCGGAGUAAAUUCCUCAAACUGGGCUUUACUCUGCGAAAGCAGAGACGAGCUUGCAUUGCUGAAUGUUUGGCAAUGUCGAUGUUAGGAGAAUGAAGCUAGGAUUGGGCUUCCUGAAUGAUCCUAUUAGUCUGCGCUCGUAAUGCAGAUUGCUUACCCUUAAAUCAAUCAAUCCGGAUAGUGUCGAAGCUAGCUGAUGUCCUUGCAACUGUGCCGAUCUUCACAUCCAUGAUCAUUUCAUUCCUCAUUGCCCUCAAUGUGAAGCCAGAGUAGAGUUGUAACCUUGCAGAAAUUGAAGAAGAGACUGGCAGUCUAAGCUUACCGUAUUUACUCAAAUCUAAACCGACCUUUAUUGUAAAA